GUGGCCGAAAGCCGAAGCCGCCGCCAUCAUGGGGAAAUCAUUCGCCAACUUCAUGUGCAAGAAGGACUUCCACCCGGCCUCCAAGUCCAAUAUCAAAAAGGUAUGGAUGGCAGAACAGAAAAUAACUUACGACAAAAAGAAACAAGAAGAGUUAAUGCAGCAAUACCUUAAAGAGCAGGAAUGUUAUGAUAACAGAUUGCUUAUGGGUGAUGAGCGUGUGAAGAAUGGUCUAAACUUUAUGUAUGAGGCCCCACCAGGAGCAAAGAAAGAGAGCAAAGAGCAAGAAGGAGAGACUGAGUACAAAUUUGAAUGGCAGAAGGUAGCUCCACGUGAAAAAUAUGCUAAGGAUGACAUGAACAUUAGAGACCAGCCAUUUGGGAUCCAGGUGAGGAAUGUGAGGUGCAUUAAAUGUCACAAAUGGGGCCACGUGAACACAGACAGAGAAUGCCCUUUGUUCGGCCUUUCUGGGAUUAAUGCAAGCUCUGUUUCCAAUGAUGGCUCAGGGCCAUCAAUGCACCCCUCGGAGCUAAUAGCGGAGAUGAGAAACAGUGGGUUUGCACUGAAACAAAAUGUACUGGGGAGAAACUUGACCGCAAAUGAUCCAUCACAGGAAUUUGUUGCAAGUGAAGGGGAAGAUGAUCCAGAAGUGGAAUUUUUGAAAUCCUUGACAACUAAGCAAAAACAGAAACUUCUGAGGAAACUGGAUCGCCUGGAGAAAAAGAAGAAGAAGAAGAAGAGAGAUAGAAAGAAGAAAAAGCAGCAGAAGAGAAAAAGCAAAAGUAAACACAGGAAACAUAAGAGCAGGUCCUCUUCCCCAUCCUCCAGUGACUCUUCAGAAAGCAACAGUGAUAGUGAGACUGACAGCCGAGAUAAAGCAGCACAAAAGAAGAUGGAUUCUAAGGAAAGAAGAAAAGCCAAGUUUUCAGAGGCUAGCAGCAGUGAUUCUGAAGAGAAGGGGAAGACUAAGGGAAAACUUUAUGAAGAUCCCUCCAGCAGUCAUGGUAACAAGGACAAAGAUAGAGAGAAGUGUGGACUUUUAAAGCAAGAUAGUUCUGGAGGGAACAACAAAUGGAGCUCCUCUGAGAGCAGAAGAAAGCCCACAACAAGCAGAAAUGAUAACACAGACAAGAGAAGAGAAUCUGAAAGGUACGGGAGCGGAAGCAGGAGCCAGAGCAAGGAGGAAAGGAGCGGGAGAGACGUUGACAGGAGGUACAGGACUCAUAGCCCGAAUGAGGAGCAGCGGCACAGGAAAAGUGAAGCAAAAAGCUGCAGCUCAGACGUGCGCAGAGAGCAACAGAGAGAGAGCUACAGAGACAAAUACAGUAAAAUGGAGCGCAGAGAGAGAAGCAGGAGCAGAGAGAGGCAAAAAUAGAUAAUGUGGGUGGCAGGUGUACUGCUUGCAUCUUUUUUUGAACUCCUUUAGUAAGGGCUCCUAACAUACACCUCUCGUUCUUUCAGAUUGACUGUUCUCAGUAAAUUGUCUGUCUCUCUCACUUCAAAUAACCCUUUGCAUUUUGUAUAUAUGUUGCAAACAUGUACAGGCUUCAAAACGUGAAGGGAUUAUUAACAAAAUAAACGUGUCUUCAGUUUGUGUAGGAAA